AUGGACCAUGUUCCGACUGCGCAGUUGGAGACGCGGCAUCGAACUGCACCACCACCACCAUCGUCACCGUCGCAGGUCUCAAAUCAAAGUCAGCCUCUUCGGAUCAUCACUGGCUUGGGCACAGAAGGCCCUCUCGUUUCUCCUCGCAAACGAAUAUCCCGCAGAGACACUGCCAGCGCUGUCUCCCCCUGCGCAUACCGGGCCUUGUCAUGCACAGAUAACCCCAAUCUCGCCCAGUCGAGGUCGACCUCCCUCGCUGUCAACUACGACGUCUUCAACUGGAUUCCGAGGAGGCAACCUCCCACCUCCAUCAUGGGGACGGCCAGCCAGAGCACACAAGAAGAGCAGGAGAAGCUAAUGGAUGGGAGCCGGCAGUCCUCCGACCAUCCCUCCCCGAGACUGUCAGAGGAAAGCGUCACCACAGCCUCCACUGUCUCGCUGGUUCUCGAGAGCCUAAACUCAGCAAUCGCCCUCAAGGAGCCUUUGCAGCACCCCUCAAGAUACCGAGACGACGAGAGUGACCCGGAGUUACCAAGAUUCAGUGACAAGGAUUACACCAUCGGGGGUCAGCGCAUGUCCAAAGGCCUCCGUCGAACAAUCUGGAUAGUCUCGGUCGUCGGCGUUAUCGGAUGGAUAUUGGCUGUGGUCGUGUUUGUGGCAGGCGGUCGGCAUAAGCACGCGUCGACGUUGGAAUACGACCACGAGACGCCAAUAAAGAGUUCGGCAAAGAAAGUCACCCUGGAACAGCUACGAUCAGGCCAAUGGUCACCCAGAUACGCCAAUAUCGAGUGGACCCCUGGACCCAAUGGAGAAGAUGGCCUGUUGUUGGAAAUCAAUCAGCCGAACCAGGAUUACCUGGUGGUCGAAGACAUCCGAAGCGGAACACCUUCCGAAAUCAAUGCUUUCAAACGCACCACUCUGGUGAAGAGUGCUUGGAUCAAAUACAACGGGCAGCAGCUUUGGACGUCGGACUUCUGGGUCAGCCCAGACAUGAAACACGUGCUUCUUAUGGCAAAUCCAGAGAAGGUUUUUCGACAUUCUUUCCUUGGUUUGUAUUUCAUCCUCGACGUGGAGACGCAGAAUGUCCAGCCGUUGGAUCCCGCGUUACCGGAUACCAGCAUUCAGCUAGCCCAAUGGUCGCCUCGGAGUGACUCGGUUGUUUUUACCCGAGAUAACAAUCUGUUUCUCAGGCAUCUCUCGUCACCCGAAGUGACGACCAUCACCACCGACGGAGGUCCCGAGUACUUCUAUGGUGUUCCCGACUGGGCCUACGAGGAAGAAGUCUUCGGGACCAACACGGCCACUUGGUGGGCGCGCGAUGGCCAAUACCUUGCUUUCCUACGCACGAAUGAGACGACUGUUCCCGAAUAUCCCGUCCAAUAUUUCCUCUCCCGCCCUAGCGGAAAGAAGCCCCUCGAAGGGCUCGAGAACUACCCAGAGGUGAAAGAGAUCAAGUAUCCGAAGGCUGGAGCACCAAAUCCCGUGGUCGAUAUGCUUUUCUAUGACAUUGCAAAGGCCGAGGUGUUCUCCGUCGACAUUGAGGGCGGGUUCCCGGACGAAGAUCGUAUCAUCUUCAACAUUGUAUGGGCAGACGAUGGAAAAGCACUAGUCUCUGAAUCAAACCGAGAAAGCGACCGUGUGAGGAUUGUUCUAGUAGAUGUUCCUUCUCAAACAGGGCAUACCGUGAGGAUCGUGGACCUCAAAGAGGUCGAUGGUGGCUGGAUUGAACCGACCCAAAAGGCCCAAUACAUCCCUGCCGACCCUACCCAUGGCCGGCCUGAGGAUGGCUACGUCGACAUCGUCAUCUCUGAUAAUGGCAACCACCUGGCGUAUUUCUCCCCUCUUAACAGCUCGAUCCCGGUCAUGCUGACCAGAGGCGAUUGGGAAGUGGACGGUGGGCCGGCAGCCGUCGACUUGGAAAACAAUCUGGUGUAUUUUGUUGCUGCCAAAGAGGCGCCAACUCAACGCCACCUGUACAGCGUCAAAUUAGACGGGACAAACAUGGACUCCCUCGUGCCGACUGAUGAAGCUGGAUAUUGGGAAUCCAGCUUUUCUUCUGGGGCAGGCUACGUGAGUUUGAAAUAUACUGGACCGGGCAUUCCUUACCAGAAGGUUGUCUCCACACCAGCCAAUCCGGAGAAAAUCGAGGAAAUGCUUGAAGACAAUCAGGAUCUCGCCAAGAUGGCUUCGUCCCAUGAACUCCCACAUCAGGUCUUCCAGAACGUCACCAUUGACGGGUACACGCUGCAAGUGGUCGAACGGCGACCCCCUCACUUUGACCCCAAGAAGAAAUAUCCGGUCCUUUUCUACCUCUACGGCGGACCUGGCUCCCAAAUGGUCAACCGCCGUUUCCACGUCGACUUUCAAUCAUACAUCGCCAGCUCACUAGGUUACAUCGUGGUGACAGUUGAUGGGCGCGGAACUGGGUUCAUAGGCCGUAAGGCGCGGACCAUUGUCCGCAAUGAGCUCGGCUCGUACGAAGCGCACGAUCAGAUUGCCACUGCGAAAUUGUGGGCUGAAAAGCCUUACGUCGACGCCGACCGCAUGGCUAUCUGGGGCUGGUCUUACGGUGGUUUCAUGACGUUGAAAGUCCUCGAGACCGAUGCGGGCGAGACAUUUAAAUAUGGCAUGUCGGUUGCGCCCGUGACCGACUGGCGAUUUUACGACUCCAUCUACACCGAGAGAUACAUGCGCACCCCCCAGAACAAUCCCCUCGGCUACGCAAAAUCUGCCAUCAGCAACGUUACUGCGAUAUCCCAGAACGUGCGCUUCUUGAUCAUGCACGGCGUUGCAGACGACAACGUCCACAUGCAAAACACGUUGACACUGCUAGAUAAGUUUGAUCUGGCAGGCAUUGAAAAUUACGAUGUUCAUUUCUUCCCCGACAGCGAUCAUUCUAUACAAUUUCACAAUGCGAACCCUAUCGUGUACGAUAAAUUGGCGAACUGGCUGGUGAAUGCAUUCAAUGGGGAAUGGUAUAGGACGGAUGAUCCAAAGCCGAUAGGCUUGGAGACCUAA